AUCCAGCGCUGCGGUUGGCGGAGGGCGGGCUGGAUGAAGGACUGGGCGAGCACCGAAGGCGUGAACCCGGAAGUGGCGCUGCAGCUGGUAGAGACUGCCCAUGGAAAGGAACCCCUCUGAUGGCACGGGCCCCGUGCAUGUGCCUUUGGGGCAUGUUGUGGCGAAUGAGAAAUGGCGCGGGUCACAGCUGGUGCAGGAUAUGCAAGGGAAAAUUAAGCUCAUUUUCGAGGAUGGCUUAACACCAGACUUUUAUCUGUCGAAGAGAUGCUGCGUUCUUUAUGUCACUGAAGCUGAUUUGGUGGCAGGAAAUGGCUACAGAAAGAGGCUUGUUCGGGUUAGAAAUUCCAGUAAUAUUCAAGGAAUUGUAGUUGUUGAAAAAACCCGGAUGAGUGAACAAUACUUCCCAGCCUUACAGAAGUUUACUGUGCUGGACCUUGGAAUGGUGCUGCUUCCAGUGGCCAGCCAGAUGGAAGCAUCCGGCCUCAUCAUCCAGUUGGUUCAAGAGCAAAUCAAAGAGCCCAGUAAGAACCCUCUUCUAGGGAAGAAACGGGCCCUGCUGCUGUCUGAGCCAUCCCUUCUUCGAACUGUGCAGCAGAUCCCAGGAGUUGGAAAAGUUAAAGCUCCCCUUCUGCUCCAGAAGUUUCCAAGCAUCCAGAAACUGAGUAAUGCUUCCAUUCCGGAACUGGAGCAGGUGGUCGGACAAGCAGUGGCACAGCAGAUCCAUGCCUUCUUCACACAGCCCAGGUGAGGGCUGGCCUCAGGGACAUGGUGUCGUCUCCCCAGACCACAAACAUCAGGAUCUUGUUUUCAGCUUUAAAAAAACAAGAAAAAGGUCCUGGCACGGUAGCUUACGCCUGUAAUCCCAGCACUUUGGGAGGCCAAG